GGGUGAUGGGACGUGGAAAAAGCGUGGUUUUGCAUCACUUUAUGGUGUGAGUUCUCUAAACGGAUAUCACACAGGAAAAGUCUUGGAUGUUAUUGUUAAAAGUUCAUACUGUAAAUUAUGUGAGUCUUGGAAAAAAAAAUUAGAUACGGCAGAAUUUGAAGAGUGGAAAGAAGAACACAUCAAAACUGAUCAAUGUACCGCCAAUCACACUGGAGGAUCUGGAAACAUGGAAGUAUCUUCAAUUAUUGAAAUGUUUAAACGUUCUAUUGUAAAACAUGGCGUGAGGUACGUAAAUUAUAUAGGAGAUGGAGAUUCUAAAACAUACUCUGGUAUUCUCAAAGCCCAACCUUAUGGUGAAGAUUUUGUUGUCAAUAAGAAAGAAUGUAUUGGCCACGUACAGAAGAGGAUGGGCACCCGGUUGCGUGAUUUAGUGAAGAAAACCGUUGAGGAAAAGAUGGUCAAAGGCAAAAAAAAUCAAAAAAAAAUUCUUUCCGGUAAAGGUAAAUUGACUAGUAAAUUGAUAGACAAAUUAACUGUAUAUUAUGGCUUAGCGAUAAGAAGAAACAGUGAUUCAGCUGAUAAAAUGAGGAAUGCAAUAUGGGCUACUUAUUACCACUACAGCUCUACAGACAAAAAUCCUCAGCAUCAAAAUUGCCCUGAAGCUCCAGCCACGUGGUGCACCUGGCAGCAAGCAUCAGCAUCAAAUAAUCUCUCAUCAUUCAAACACAAUUAUACUCCAUUACCAGAUGAUGUUUUGAUUGCAAUGAAACCAAUUUAUGAAGACCUGAGUAAGGAUGAGCUUUUGGAGCGGUGUGUUGGUGGAUUUACGCAAAAUACCAAUGAAAGUUUCAAUCAGUUGAUUUGGAAAAUUACUCCCAAAAUACUUCCAGCUGGGUCAAUAAUCGUUCAAAUUGCUGCAUUAAUCGCUGCUUGUACUUUCAAUGAAGGAAUAUCAGCAUUAUUAUUAACUAUGCACAGUAUGGACCUAAAACUUGGUCCAAAUUCCCACAAUUAUGCCCGAAAGAUAGAUGAAAACCGGGUGAUCGCAGCCGAAAAAAAAUCUACUAGCGAGACUCGUGAAGCCAGGGUUCGUCAUCGACAGGAGCAAAAGGAUGCCCUGGACAUUGCAGCUGCAGCAGGUUCUCUACUUUAUGGCCCAGGAAUCGACGAUUCAAUAUAAUCCUGAAAGAAGUUCUGCUGACAACGCGGAGGCACCUUUUUUCCGAGGGACUGCCGGAAAUGGCGUCGUAAUGGCCGCCAUCUUGACAUUUUUUUUUGAAAAUUUCACAAAAUGUUUAUUAAAUAUGUAUCUUUUAAAUAAUAAAAAGUUUCAUGUAAAUAUUUCAUUUUUUACAUGCAAAAAAAAUUAUUGAAAAAAGGCCGUUUUUUGCCCGACGAAACCCAUGUAACCCCUUAAUCAGUGGCUGGAUUUCUUGGAGACAUUGCCUCUCAAGGAAUAUAAGGAAUCGCUUGUACAAUCAAUUAGAGGCAUUGCUAUGAAUUAUAUGGAAUACAAUAGAAUGCCUGCCACGGAGGAUCUUUAUCAUCGCAUACGCGUAAAUUUCGAGGAAAUUUAUCUCAUGGCUCGCAAUGAUCUCCGACGUACAAUACCCCACGAAACUCUCGGAUAUUUGUACCAAUUAUUUGGAGAAUUAUUCCAUAAUUGUUUUA